AUGAUGAAAUCCUUGAGGAAAAUCUUAUCCCUUCGAUCGAACUACUGUAUCAAACAAAGGAGUGAACAUGGUGAAAACUCAGUAGCUUUGCCUGUGCAGUUGCCAAAUUGCAAUGAUUGUGACCACAUCGUUGUCGAGGACAGAAAAAACAGUACUACUACAGAAGGCGCCCAUGUCGAACCUAAGCAUGACGCUAAUGCUGAUAGUUCUUUUGUGCAUGCUGUUAUAAACAUGGUGGGAAUGCUCAUAGGGUUGGGGCAACUAUCAACUCCUUAUGCUGUUGAAAAAGGAGGAUGGGCGUCUGCAUUAUUGCUUAUAGGACUUGGGGUAAUAUGUGCUUAUACAUCUUACAUACUAGGAAAAUGUCUUGAAAAGAAUCCAACUUUAACAAGUUAUGUGGAUAUUGGGAAUCAAGCAUUUGGAACAAAAGGAAGAUACCUAGUUGCAACAUUCAUCUACAUGGAAAUCUUCAUGGCACUUGUAUCCUACACCAUCUCAUUACAUGAUAACUUGAUCACAGUUUUUAUAGGGACUCAUCUCAAGAUGAAAUUUGUCACGUUAACAACGCCGCAAAUCCUAACUUUGGUGGCAAUUUUGAUUGCUUUGCCUAGUUUGUGGAUCAGAGAUAUGUCGUCUAUAUCUUUCCUUUCAACCGGUGGAAUUGUUAUGUCUCUUCUCAUUUUCGUGUGUGUAGCCGCCACUGCGAUCUUUGGUGGGGGUGAAGGUAGUAAUAAUCAUAGUAUACCUGUCUUCAAGCUACAUAAUAUUCCAUCAAUAUCUGGCAUUUAUGUCUUUGGUUUAGGAGGACAUAUUGUAUUCCCUGAUUUGUAUAAAUCCAUGAAAGAUCCCUCCAAGUUCACCAAGGUUUCAAUUGUGAGCUUCACUAUUGUUACAGCAGUUUACACUUCAAUGGGAUUCAUGGGUGCAAAAAUGUAUGGAAAUGAUGUUCAAUCUCAGAUAACUCUCAGCUUGCCACCAAAUAAAAUUAUAACAAAGAUUGCUCUAUGGGCAACCGUGUUGACACCAAUGACUAAAUAUGCACUUGAAUUUGCACCCUUUGCAAUUCAUCUUGAACAUGCACUUCCAAAUUCUUUGAAUGCUAGGACAAAAUUGGUAAUAAGGGGUUGUGUGGCUUCAGUUUUGCUAUUGAUCAUACUAGCCCUAGCUCUAUCAGUGCCAUAUUUUGAACAUGUGCUUAGCCUCACUGGUUCACUAGUUAGUGUAGCCAUUUGUUUGGUUUUUCCAAGUAUUUUCUAUUUGAAGAUUUUUUGGGGUAAAAUUACAAGGUUUCUCUUGGUCCUUAAUAUUUCUUUAGUCAUAUUUGGGUUUCUUCUUGCUGGGAUGGGUACCAUUUCCUCCACAAAGUUAAUAUGGCAAACAUUUAUAUCACAUCAUUCAACUUGA